AUGUCUUCCCAGCAGCAGCAGCACUGCCUGCCCCAGAAGGCCCAGCAGCAGCAGGUGAAGCUGCCCUGCCAGCCACCACCGGUCAAAUGCCAAGAAAUGUGCAUAUCCAAAACCGAGGACCUGUGUGCACCCCAGGCCAAGGAGUAGUUUCCCCCCAAGGGCACAGUUACUCCAGCCCAGCAGAAGUGUCCCUCAGCCCAGCAAGCCCCCAAGAGUAGUCAGAAGUAA